AUGGCCAAGAAGACCAGCGAGGGUUUCACCUGGACACCAUCGACGGGCUUGACCGAUGGUCUCCCGACUGCGGGAGUGGUCAACUCUCCCCGGCGCAUCAAGCUAGUUCAGGACGCGGUUUGCGAUGUCAUCGUCAUCGGAGCCGGAUACGCUGGUCUCGUUGCCAGCCGAGAUCUCUCUACUCAAGGCAAGAAGUCAUUGCUGCUGGAGGGCCGAGACCGGCUCGGCGGCAGAACGUGGAACGCUUCUAUCGACGGGUUCAACUAUGAGAUGGGAGGCACCUGGGUGCACUGGCAGAUGCCUCACAUCUACCGCGAGGUCUCUCUCUACGGCCUGGAGAACGACUGGGUGGUUAGGCAGAAUCCAGGAUCUCGCGAGCAGCUUCAACUGACGCACGAUGAUGAGACGACCAUAUACUCGCGCGUCCUUGGCUUGUUCUGCAACGCCGACGGCGACCACCUGCGUCAUUCCUGGAAAUACGCCUUUGGCACCGAUCAGUCGCCGGAGCGGGUAGCCAAGCUGGACAAGAUGUCGUGCCAAGAUCGCUUGGAUGAGAUCAGAGCUCAGCUCUCCAGCAACGAGCUGGCCAUGCUGGUGGCCAUCCUCCAGCAGAUGGGCGGUGCCGAGGUUGGCAAGAUAGGCUACUUUUCUGUUAUCCACUGGUGGGUUCUGGGUGGGCAUUCCGUCCUCGGGCUUAACCACAUGGCCCUGCACACCCGCCUCGGCAGUGGCAACAGCACUCUUCACCGCCGCAUCUUUGACCACGCCGUCUCUACUGGCCAACUAUCAUAUAGCUUCUCUACUCCGGUGGCGAGCAUCCGAGAGGCGGACGGUGUCGUCACUGUUCAGUCACGCCAAGGCCAAGCCUGGCGUGCCAAAGCCGUCAUCUGCACCGUUCCUCUCAACGUCUUGACUUCGAUCCAGUUUGAGCCUCCUCUGCCGUCGGCCAAGGUCAAGGCAGCUCGCCAGGGCCAGGUCAACAACUGCAACAAGAUUCAUUUCGACGUCAAAGGACCUGACCUGCCAUGGACCUCGCUCGCGUCUCCCGGCAAAGGGCUCGUCUCUGCGUUUGGGGAUGGCCUCACUCCCGCCCACAAUACCGGCGUGGUGGCCUUUGGACCUGACCCAGAUGCGCACAACGGCAUCCGCCUUCGGGACCUCUGCUCUGUCCAAGCUGGUCUGAUGCACCUGGCACCUGAGGAGCGCGGAGAGGUUGUUGUAGAACGGAUUGUCAGCCACGAUUGGAACGAGGAUGAAUUCGCCCGGGGGUCGUGGUGUAUCGCACCGCCAGAGUUUGCCACACGGAAGCCUGGUUUGCCAAUGCUGACUGGUCCGACGGCUGGCGCGGCUGGAUCGACGGAGCGGUGCAGAUUGGUACUCAAGCCGCUCAUCAGAUUGCCUCUCCAUCAUGUGAGGCACAAGGGUGGACGCCAAUCUUCCAAGCUCUAG